AUGGCAGAUAUGUUUCGCAGAUACAAAGAGAAGAUCUCCUCUUGCGAACCCUUGGAAACCACAAAUGACCAUCCUGAUGAUUAUGAAGAAGGUACUCCCAAAUCAGGCCUGGAAAACGAGAGUACUAUUUCCAACGAUCGUCCGGUCUCACACGCAAUGAAGCGAGCAUCCGAGCCAACGAUCCCUUACCGCCGGCCGUCCCUACGCCCCCAAGAGCGAGUGGGUUCAUUUGGGCUCAAUCCAGCCCGCAGCAGUUCGAUCCUGGAGCCACUGCAAAGCACGAAUACUGUCUCUUCAUUUCCUACCCCAAUAGACCCCCUAGGAUUGACUCUAGUAUAUUCCUCCGAAAACCCGGAAUUAGACCUCAUCUUCGUGCAUGGACUUGGAGGGCUAUCGAUCCGCACAUGGUCGUGGGAUCGUAACCCCAAGAAUUUCUGGCCCCUAUGGCUCAAAAAUGACCCUGAGACCAAGAACUCCCGCAUAUUCACUUAUGGGUAUGACGCGACCAUCUCAGGGAAAUACGUAACCAACGGCGUCCUCGAUUUUGCUAAGGAUUUGACACAUCGAAUGAAGACGUAUGCUGGAGAGGGCCUUGCGAGCGCUGCAGCAAUCGGAGAGGUUCCGAUCAUUUUUGUUGCUCAUUCAAUGGGAGGACUCAUUGUGAAAAAUGCAUACAUCAUUGGAACGGCUGAUAAUCAAAUCGCUCCCAUCAUGGAGCGCGUGAUGGCAAUGGUAUUUCUCGCUACUCCGCACAAAGGGUCCUCGCUUGCCCAAACAUGCAAUAAUAUUUUGAAAACGACUCCUGGUUAUAGUUUGAAUUCAUACGCGACAGAGUUGGAAAGAGGUUCAUCAACAUUACAGCAUAUCAACGAACAAUUUCGCAAUGUCUGUGCCGGUUUGGAGCUUGUUUCGUUCUGUGAAGGCCUAAAAACAAGCGUCAUGCCUGGGUAUAAGAAAAUUAUCGUAAGCAAGGACUCCGCAUUUCUUGGAUACCCGAAAGAAACGUCGGGGACUCUUCAGGCAGAUCACCAUGGUGUGGCCAAGUUCGAAAACCCACAGGACCCGAAUUACCAAUCCGUGAGAGGCGCUUUGAGGUGGUUGGCGAAGAAAGCUCUACAGAGAGACACUUUCGGCCUUCAAUACUCCUCCUGGCAGAUAUCUAGCUAUGAAACUGUAGGGGAGAGGAUAAAAGAGGUGCUUGGGAUAUCUGAAAGCGCGGAGGAUGACCUUGAGUCUAUUAAGACUCGCACCAUGCCGGGAUCUUGCGAGUGGCUCCUACGGCGCGAAUCGUUUCGAGUUUGGGUUGAAAAUGAAACCAGCUCCCCCAAUUCCCUUUGGCUGACGGGAAACCCGGGCUCGGGGAAGUCAACCCUGGCUGGAUUUGUGAUAUCAGAGCUAAGAAAACGCCAAAUCGGCAGCUGCCAUUUCCAUUUCUUUCUUGCGGCCCACCACGCCAAGCGAACACUGUCUUAUCUCCUUCGCAGCCUGGCAUUACAAUUGGCGUUGUCGCAUGAAGAUUUCCGGGCUCAUCUUCUGAACCUCCAAGAGAACACGGGAAUCAACUUCGGGAAUCAAAAGGCAACAUUCCUCUGGGAGAAACUUUUCGAAGGCAUAUUCUUCAGGCUGCCAGCUUCUGGUCCUGUUUUCUGGAUAUUCGAUGGCCUUGACGAGGCAGACGGGCCUUCUGAACUACUUCGGCUGUUGUCGAAAUUAACAUCCGCAGCAGGAGUCAAAAUUCUCUUAGUAAGCCGGGCCACGAGAGAGCUCACGAGGGACAUUAAUGACUUCCUCCCAGCCAUAGUCCACGAUAGGAUUUCAAUGGAUGACACAGAAGCGGACAUUCGCGCAUACGUAAAUUCUUCCAUCCAUAAGAUCAUUCCGGGCGACUAUGCACAGAAUAUUAUGACAGAUAUCUUGGACAAGGCAUCUGGGUCUUUUCUCUGGGUUAAGCUGGCUUUGGAGGGAAUCAGAGAUAAUUGGUACACCAUAGGUGAUAUUAAGAAGGCAUUAAGUGAGAUUCCAGAGGGAAUGGAGCCGCUAUAUGAGAGAAUGAUCGAGUCGAUUGCAAAUCAGCCACCUGGGCCUCGAAAGAUUGCAUCACGGGUUUUGAACUGGGCAGCAUGUGCCUUUAGGCCACUCAAUAUUUCUGAACUGGAAACAGCUCUCAAGCCAGAUUUCCAGGACUUUUAUAACCUGGAACAGACGAUAACUGAUGUGUGCGGAAAUUUUGUCGCCGUCAAUCGGUCCAAGGUAGCCCCUAUUCAUCAAACAGCGCGCCAAUUCUUGUUGCAAAAAGUCUCAAAUCGUGAUCUUGGAAUUGGGGGAAGCGAAGGCCAUGAGCACGCUUCAAUGGUUUGCCUCAGUUUCCUCUCAGAUUCGGCCAAAUGGAAACGGGUCUUCACCCUCCUGCAGGAACAGCGCGAAAGACUGCCUAGUGAUACAGGCAUUUUUAGGCAAUAUCCAUUUCUGUCCUAUUCCAUAGCAUUCUGGGCCUACCACGUGAGCCUCGCGCCCGUGUCCUCCGAUGAAAUUCUCGAGGCAGUGCUAACGUUCCUACAAAAUCACUGUUUGGUGUGGAUCCAGGCCAUAGCACUAUCCCACAACCUGCGAGUUCUCAUUCAAGCAGCUCGAUAUCUUAAAACUUAUGCAAAGAGGAGGGCAGCUAAGACCUCCCAGGGUCCGCCGGCGAGCUUUACACUAGCCCGAGAUGAGGAACUGCGAAUGUGGGCGAAUGAUCUCAUCCGCAUCGUUGGUCGAUUCGGGGCAAACCUCAUUGAAAGUCCUUCGUCAAUUCACAAGUAUGUUGUGCCAUUCUGCCCUACCGGCUCUAUUAUAAGCUCGUCGUUUCACCGUGUCGGUUCUUCACAUUUUGCGGUUUCAGGCAUAUCGUCGACCACAUGGGAUGAUUGCCUCGCACGACUAAGUACCGGCGAAGACCAAGCUGCAAUGAAAGUGCUAUGCAAGGAUAAUCUCUUCAUUACCCUCGUAGGCAUCGAUGGAACAUUGAUUAUCUGGCAAGCAGAAACGUGCGAGGAAAUCCGCCGCAUCACCCAUGGAGAAUAUGUCAUGCACGCUACUUGCAGCAAGACAUCGAAUCUUAUUGCAACAGCAGGCUAUAAAACGACAAAAAUAUGGGAUAUUACAACGGGGGAGAUGUUGCAUUGCCUCCCAAAAGAGCUCCACCACCACACCACAGCCAUGAGCUUUAACGAGAGGGAAGAUGAAAUUAUUGUGGCGUACGACGACUGUUUGAUCCAAUGUAUUGACAUGAAGACUGGCCAGGAGAAAUGGAGCUUUCUCGCGCACGAACCGGAGGUGGACAAGUAUUAUUGUGCUCGAUACAUGGCAUUUAGCCCAGACAACUUACAGAUAGCGAUCGUCUUCCGUGGUCGACCGGUUGUUGUCUGGCGGCUCCCAGAUUCUGCCAAAUACGUUCCGAUUCCGCCGAAACGCUGCAGUAUGCUUCGGGCGGACGGGACGCGGUUGCCAGACGAAGGAGCUACUUGGAAUUGCCCCGAAAUGGCUUUGUGGCAUCCCACCACUAAUCACCUUGUAAUCCUCUACGAAGAUACCAAAGUCGUCGACUGGGACGUGGCAGAAGAUGAACAAACACAACAUAGCCAUCUAAAUGCGAGGGAAAUGGCAUUGAGCCCGGACGGAAAUCUGCUCCUCACAAGUGAUGUUCAUGGAACGCUGAGUCUGUGGAUGGUGCCGGAAUAUCGUCUGACGUACCGCUUGCAGUACGAGGAGCUAGUAUAUAGCCUGGCCUUUUCCCCAGACGGGACAAGGCUCUAUGACACUCGUGGCACGUUUUGCAACGUCUGGGAGCCGGACGCACUUUUUCGACCAGUUGACCUAGAUUUUGAUGAGCGUUCCAGCACAUAUGAGACAAUAACGUCUGAGCCAGUUAUUUCCACAGAUAACAACACCCGGGCCGGAAUAUCUGCUCUAGCCUGCGACUCUACCGGGGGCUUUUACUGCUGCGGGAAGGAGGAUGGGACCGUUACCCUAUAUAGUAUCCCAGAGGGGGCCAAGGUGAGGAAGAUCACGAGCCACGACUCUUCUGUAUCGGUCAUCAAGCUUGUUUGGUCGGUGUCGCGGAAGUAUAUCGUAUCAGCAGACGAUUCAAGCCGCGUCAUCGCGAAGAGGCUUCAGCCACCGGCGAAGGGAACAAAUAAAUGGGCCGUGUUUCGGUUGUUUGAUAUCCGAGUCGAUGAGGCCGUCGAGCACCUACUUUUUAGUUCAACUGAAGAGUUUCUCUUGAUUGCCUGCCCGAAUACAGCUCGGGUUAUGAAACUCAAAUCGAAAGAAACGCUGUGCCGCGUAGAGUGGCCCUCAACAACUGGAAUUGUAUAUUUAAAUCAUCCAAAGAACCCCUCUGUCUUUUUAUGCAUGGAGGCAACACGUGAGCGGGAGAUUUCAUGGAAAUCUCUGUCAAUUGUUCGGAGAGAGAAGAAGACUUUAGAAGAAGGGCGAGAAGGCCGCCUAACCCCAGAGUCGCCGGUUCCCACCCGUACGGUCUCUCGAGCGGUGCAACUGGGAAAUCGCUUGCUUGUGCAAGAAACGGUUCUCGCUACCGGGAAUACCUUUAACGGGGCUGAAAGUCGUCAUAUUGAGCUUGUUGAUCUUCGCACAUUGCGCAAAGGAGGUUUGCCAGCAACUGCUUCAAAAAACUCGAGAAUUAAGGGCUUGGAAAAACAUGUUCGCCACCUAAUCGGGUUUUGUCAAGAUCAGCUGGUGUUUGUCGACCAUCAGUUCUGGCUGUGUACGUGGGCAGUUCAGCCGGUGUAUAAAAACCACCGGAGACACUUUUUCUUGCCCAAAGAUUGGGUGAACCCAACGGCUCUGGAGCUGCUUGUCGUUACAAAUCAGGGUACCCUCCUCUGUCCAAAAAAUGGCGUAAUUGGCAUCGUGCAAUCGGGUUUUAAGCUCUGA